AACUUUCUACCAGGCACCAGCCAGCUAAAACAAGGCACACCGCCCAAGUUGACAUAGGACUGCAGUAAAUCCAAUCGGGCCCAACCCAUUCGGCUGAGUGGCUGACGCCGCCUCACCCCAUGCAGCUUGCUGCCCCAUCCGGCCAUCCCCGAUUCCCCGUCCCAUCGCCAUUCGCCACGCCUAGACCCAACCUUGGUUCGUUCCGGACAGUUAUCACCGCUCCCAUUUAUUUAUAACCUCACCCCAGCCUCCCCUUCCCAGUUCCCACCACUUCACCAUAACCAGGUCAACCCGGCGCAAGGAGCACGAACAGGAACCGUCCAGCGGAGCAAAGGCACCCGCAGCCGCAGGCCAUGGACGAUGACAUCGACAGCUCCUGCUCCACCCCGUUCGCCAGCGCGCCGUCCAGCCCGGGACGUCCCCAGGCCCUCGGCGGCGGUGGCGGCUACUUCUUCAGCGCGCCGGCCAGCCCCAUCCACCACCUCCUCCUCUCGACCUCGUGCUCCGCCUCCGCGACCCCCAGCUCCGGUGUUCGUGGGUGCGGGGGCGACGCGGAGUUCGAGUUCGGUGGGCCUGGCGGGCCCAUGAUCUCCGCCGACGAGCUCUUCCACAACGGCCAGAUCCGGCCGCUCACCCUGCCCCCACUCCCGGAUCUCGACCCCGGAAGCGACGACAACGAGGGCCGCGCGCCGACGCGCGGCCGCGACCUCACGCCCCGGAGCGCGUCCGUGCACCGGCGCGCGCGGUCCAUGUCCCCGCUCCGCAGCGCGUCACCGCGGCUCAAGCUGAUCAAUGCGCUCGUCGUUCCGGCGCCGGAUCUCGGCCCCGGCCCCGACGCGACGGGAACGCACGGGGAGGCAGCCCCGCCGGUAACCGCCUCGUCCCGCUCGUCCUCGUCCUCCUCCACGUCCUCCUCGUCCUCGUCGGGCACGUCGUCAGCGCGCGGGUCCCGGCGCUGGGUGUUCAUCAGGGACAUGCUCCUCCACCGCAGCAAGAGCGAGCCUGGCAGCGGCGCCCACGCGCACGACGUCCCCGGGGCGCCCGCCGCUAACAAGCCCGAACGAGCCUGGCCCUUCUCCUCCCCGUCCUGGGUAACCAGGGACAGGCUCGCCGCGAGGCUCCGCCCCUCUCGCGCGCCGCCAGCGACGGAGAACGCUUGCGGUCUCGGUGGCGAGGAUGGCCGGCCGCGGGGGCAGGGUAGGGGCCGGGGCCGGGGCAGGCGGCGACGUUCCACUACGGUGGCGGCGGCGCACGAGAGGCUCUACGCGGCGCCGAACCGUGCGCAGGCGGAGGAGAUGCGGCGGCGCACGUUCCUUCCCUACCGGCAGGGCCUCCUGGGUUGCCUGGGCUUCAGCUCCCGCGGCUACGGCGCGCUUCACGGGCUCACCAAAACCCUCAACCCCGUAUUCUCUCGGUGAAAAGUCAUCGUCAAAAGGAAACCAGAGAUCGGGCCAGGAGCUUGAUUUGCCACCUGUUCGUCCUGUUCAUGUCUGCGAGCAUUUUUUUUUAUCUUCGUUGUUUGUGCGCGUUCUGUAUAUAUAGCAGUGUCAGUGUCGAGUUCGGAUCGGAAGGUAGUUUGCCGAUGGUCACGUCAAGCAGAACAUCUGAGAGAGAAGCAAUGCAAUCGAUGAAUAUGGCGCGAAAACAGUCGCUGGCGCCUUUUCUGUGUGCGUGGUAGUGUGUGUGUGCCAAGUAUAAAAGCGUGUGAUGUUGCAGUAUCCUGUGAAAGCAGUCUCGCUGCACCAGAUCUGUAGUACACUAGUACUGCUCCAUUACGUGUAGCUCCUUCAGCUAGGACGAUGAAGCAGCUUGGGUU